AUGCAGCACGAUUAUCUUCAGAAAGCAAUUUGCUUUGCCGAUCAAGCUACGACUGAAGAUAAAGCGUAUAAUUAUGAAGCCGCUGCACAACAUUAUAUGACCGCAGCAGAUUGGCUUAUGCAAACAAUGAAAUAUGGAGCAUUGAAUGUCCAAAUGAAACAAGUGAUACGACCUAAAGUAGAAAGUUAUGUAAGACGAGCAGAAGAAAUUAAAGAAGUUUUGAAGAACGGUUCAGCUAAAAAGAAACCUAUUGCUAACACUAGUAAUGAACGUGGAAAUGCGAAAGAUAACAAAGGCAAUGAUGAUGAUGAGAAUAAUCGUGAUGUAAAUAGAAAACUUAGGUUGCUGAAAUUUGAACACGCUAUUGUUACUGACAUGAAAGUGACAUUUGACGAUGUUAUUGGAUUGGAACAAGCUAAAGAAGCAUUGAAGGAAGCUGUCAUUCUACCAGUUAAAUUUCCACAACAUUUUCAAGGUAUUUUACUAUAUAACUUAUAUGCUUUUCUAAUGUUCUUCGCUGUUGUUUUAGGAAAACGUAAACCAUGGGCUAGUAUUUUACUUUAUGGCCCACCUGGUACUGGUAAAUCCUAUUUAGCUAAAGCCGUUGCUAGCGAAUGUACAAGAAAAUUUAUCUCGGUGACUUCAUCUGAUCUUCUUUCGAAAUGGUUCGGUGAAAGUGAAAGAAAUGUGAAAGAUUUAUUUGAAUUUGCUCGUGAACGACAAUCAUGUGUUGUAUUUAUCGAUAAUAUUGAUGGUUUAUUUGGACAAUGUCACGAUACAGAAUCUGAAUCAUUAAAACGUGUUAAAACUGAGUUUCUUGUUCAAAUGCAAGGUGUUGAAAAAGAUAAUUCAGGUGUUUUUAUUCUUGCUACAACCAAUAUGCCUUGGGCAUUAGAUACAGCUAUUCGACGAAGUUUUGAAAAACGAAUCUAUAUUUCACUACCUGACGUCAAUGAAAGGGCAGCUCUGUUUAAAAUACACGUGGGUACUAAUACUUAUCAUACGAUACAAGAGCAUGAAUGGAUGCAGUUAGCACAAAAAACUGAAUAUUAUUCUGGUGUUGAUAUUGCUGUAAUUUGUCAAGAAGCUUUACUCAGACCUGUUCGACGACUUUGUUCAGCAACUCAUUUUAAACGAGUUCAAAAUCCAAAACCAAAUGGUCCUCGACAACUUUGGCUUGUUUGUUCGCCUGAAGAUCCAGCAGCUCAAGAACUUACAUUAGAUAAAAUAAAAUCUGAUGAAUUAUACGAACCAUCAGUAUCCAUGAAAGAUAUAGAGGCUGCUCUUGCUACACAAAAGCCAACAGUUGGCAAAUCUGAUUAA